AUGACAUGGGCCUGGGUCACAGCAUCCACAGGUGUGGCAACUGGAGUGUCCACUGGCUGGACCAGACUCCAAAUCACCUGCCUGGGCCUGGAGCAGAGCCUGGAAAUGCUGCUCCUAAUCUUCCCUCAGGGUGAUGAGGGCCUGAUGUUGGGCUUGGUGGAUACUGACAAGGGUCUGGAGAAUCUUGAUGACUGGUGUGGACUACAUGAUGAGAAAAUGAUACAAACUGAAAUAGAGAAGGACAUUCCCAUGUGUGUGUCUUUGCCCAUUGAGGUGAUGAGUCCUGAUCAGGCUUUUCCUUUCGUGAACACCAUACUUGCAGAUCUGGGUAUCGCCGAAUCGGCAGUGAAAGAGCGUGUGGUGUGGGUGGACACUAAGCGCACACAGGUGAGGAGCAGAACGGGGAAACUUAAGGAGAAACAAGUGUCAGUGCUGGAGGUACGAGUGAAAGCACAACUGCCGGGUCAAACAAACUGCCAAGAGGUUCUCUACAGUAGUGAGUCUCACACAGACCGCUCAUACUGUCACAGCAGUAUCAGCUUCCUGCCCUGGCUACACACUCAACCAGUUGACAAUGAGAUGGUGGAAAUGACUGUGGCUUUGGAUACACAAUCAUAUUACAAAGGAGAAAUUAGAAAAGCAGACUGCAAAUUAAUAUUGUAA